CUCACGUAUCUGAGAUUUGCCGGUGCCUCCCGGCUUCCGUCGAGCACGGCACAAGAUGGCGGCCUCCGAGACAGUUCGUUUGCGGCUCCACUUCGACUACCCGCCACCUUCCUCUCCGCGUUGUUCAGUCUUCUGGCUCCUGGCCGACCUGACCAAAUGUCGAGUGGUCACUGAUCUGGCCAGCCUCAUCCGCCACCGCUUCGGUUUCAGCUCUGGGGCGGCGUUGGGACUCUACCUGGAUGGGGGGUUACUCCCCCCCACUGAGAGCGCGCGCCUGGUGCGUGACAACGACUGCCUCAGAGUUAAAUUAGAAGAUGUUGACAUUGUUGAGAACUCUGUAGCAGUCAGUAAUGGACUCAGUUAUUCAUACAAAAAAGCACGGAAGAGGAGAACCACAUGGGAGGAAGAAGAGUCAGAUGCAGAAAAUGAUCAAUACAUAGAAAAGCAUUGGAAAGAGGGAGAGAUCAGUGAAACCUCUUCUCUGGAACCAGAUCAAGACACAAGGAAAAAAAACAAGAAGAGAAAAAGGAAUGAGGGAGGAAGUGAAAAUAAUGGAAAAUGGACCCCCCAAAAAUCAGGGAAAGAGAAGGGAGGAAAAGCUGAAGAAAAGAAACAGAAAAGGCCUCCAAAGUCUUCUAAAGCAAAGACAUUGCCAGAACGGACCAAAAAGAGGUGUGCUGUUCAGAAGAGUGCUUCCGUUAAAAAUAGUUCAGCUGAAACCAAGAGGAAAAAGGAUAUUGGCUUGUCUGCUAAAGCCAACCCUGAUACCUCAUCAGAUUCUGAUUCUUCUGCCACAUCAUCAGAUGAUAGUCACAGCAAGACAAGUCUUGGUGGUAAAAAAUCAGUAGAGAAGGAGUCAUUCAUCACAUCAAAGUCAAGCGGUUCUCACCCAAAAGCAGACAGAGUUGUUACCGGCUCUGCCAAGGCCAAAGGAACUCAAGCCUCGUCCUCUAGUUUGGAUUCCAGUUCCAGUUCAGAUGACCAGGGCGGGAUGCCCAAGAGAGCUCCAACGCCAGCUCGUCCCCCAAUGGGAGCAGCAGGAUCUCCAAGAUCUUCCCAGACAAAUGGUCCAAAUACAGACAGUCACUUAGGAACAAGACAGGAGAUGCGAUACUCUGAUCUCUGGGAUAAGCCAGUAUUGGGAAAUAGUGGGAAACAACCAACCCCUCUGACUGCAGAAGCAGCUCCUCACCCCAGCAGUUUUGGAAGGGGGAGGGGAAGAGGGGAAGACAUUUUCCCUUGGAGGGGACCUAGGGGACGGGGUUUUCGUGGAAUCAGAGGACGAGGGAGAGGGGGAAACAUUAAUUAUGUGUUUAAUGGUGAAUCCCAGAAACAACAGCAAUUAAAUGAAGUAGUAAAAAAUACUUCCAUUAUUAUCCAGAAUCCAGUGGAGACUCCCCAGAAGGACUACAGUCAACUUCCUCAAUUAGCAGCACCCCCACGGGUAGGGGAAAAGAUUGCAUUUAAGCUUUUGGAAUUGACAGCAGAUUAUUCUCCUGAUGUCUCUAGUUACAAGGAGGGGAAAAUAAUAAACUACAAUCCUGAUGCUCAGGAAGUAGAUAUUGAAAUCCUUUCAUCUUUACCUGUGGUGAAAGAGCCCGGGAAGUUUGACCUGGUAUACCAGAAUGAAAAUGGAACAGAAGUGGUAGAGUAUGCAGUAUCACAGGAUAAAAGGAUAACUAUUUGUUGGAAAGAACUGAUCGAACCAAGACUAAUUAUUGAGCCUCACACUGACACUCCAAAUACAGAACAGGCCUGACCUUUAUCAUUCCAACCAGUGUAUAUGAAGGACUAAAUAUAUAGUUUCAAAUAGCUUAUAAUUUUUGUUUGCUUUAUGACCUUGUGAAAAUGACUAUAGGUUGGACCUUUUCUAAAUAAAGUAUUUCAACAACAUAGAAUAAAAA